AUGUGUAACAACGAUGACGCCGGAGUCUCAAAUCCGGAAAGUAAUCAUUUCGAAAGUCUGUAUAAAUUGAGAGGUUUAUCCAAUGAAGAGCUCCGAAAAAGACGUCGUAUAUUUGAAGUGCAAAUAAGAAAGAAGAAGCAGGAUGAUUUCCUGAAUAGCAGGAGAAGACUAGACAGCAAUGAAGUCGAGUUCACGCUUGCGGACGACUGUUGUAUCAUACCGAAAUCAGUGCUUGAUAUGAUUAAAAGUGGAAAUUUCCAAAAUGAAUCGGCAGGCUUGAAGUUCCUCCGUUCGAAAAUUUCUGAAAGCUCGGAGGACGUUAACUGCAUGUCGAGUCUGGGCGACAUUUCUUUGAUUUCUCAUUUAACACGCCUUCUUAUUCGUGGAGAUGAAGAGCUGGUGGAUGACGUUUCGUGGAUCCUUGUGAAUAUGUUCCGUCGACAUGAGAGACUGCCGUUUAUCGAUGAUGUCCGUGAAAAAGUCCUUCCCACUUUUUGCGACCUAAUACGGCGAACCACAUCUGCAAGCAAUGGGAUUCCAUUACAUAUGGAGAAUUCGGUGCUUUCGCAGCUUUUAUGGUCCAUUGCAAGCCUGGCGGAGGUAUCUGUUGCCAGUAGAAAUUUCGUCAUUGCUGGUGGCUUGGUGCAAGACAUUUUGCAUAUUGCUUCCAAAAACAAGAAACUAGUAAUCCUGAGGCAUUUAAUGUUUCUCGUAGCGGUUCUCUUCUCGGAUAUUCAGGAGUUCACGCCCGAUAUUGUUGAGUUGCUUCCACUUUUGCCGUUAGUCUGUCGCCAGCUGUCUUCGGAGGAUGUCACAAUCCAAUCAGAUGCGGUUCGCGCAUGCAUGUUUAUGUCGGAAAGCAUAGAUUUUUUCGGGCCGAUGGCAGAUGCCGGCAUCAUGAAAAGAUUGGCGCAGAUGACAUCCUGUCGUACAUCAUAUGUAAUUCUUGGUGUGCUCCGCACCAUCGCGAACAUAAUUCAAGAAACGUCAUCUUUCACUAAGGAAAUGGUAAAUGAAGGCCUCCUAAGCAAUAUCCUUCCUCUCAUGUCACGCAGUUCAACAAUGCGAGAAGCUUGCUUCGUGGUCAGUAACAUAGCAGCGGAAGGCGGAGACAUGUUACAAGCGGUCUUGGAUGCUGGCGUCCUCAAAGAGAUAUCUAAUUUGUUGGAAAUGGCUGACUACGAGACGCGUAAAGAGGCCUUCUACAUUAUGUAUCAUACGGCCACGUCGUCUCGAUCUUGCCAUCUAGCGGCACUCCUUGGAGCUGAAUUAUUGGCCCCAUUGUGUGACUUUCUCACUGUCUUGGAACAUUCUCUUGUGGCUGACGCAAUGGAAGCCCUCUCCUCGUUACUUGCUUAUGGCGAAGAGCUUGCCAUGGGGUUGGCAGACUUUUUGAAUCCCGUUGCUACUCGAAUGGAAGAGUUGGGAGCGAAGGAUAAGUUGGAAUUUCUAUGUGAUAGCCACUCCAUGAACAUACAUGUAGCAGCACACGAAAUAUUGGAGAGGUACUUUUAUUCAUACGAAGACAACGAGAUGACAACCCAAUUAGCUGUUUCUAUGCCUCCAUAUUCCGGUGUGCCAACACGAGAUUCCAUGGAUGAAACUAUUGAUAUGAUUGUAAAAAGUGUAUGCCUUUAA